AUGGUGGCGGAGGAGCUGGUCCGGGAUGCGCUUUUGCCGGCCACGUGGCCGCCGGUGCCAGAUACGCAGGGCCAGGGCGACGGAGACCACGACAGUGCUGGUGAAGACAGCGCAGAUGACCAGCUCAUGGCUGCCCAAGACGAUGAUAUCUUGCCUUCGGAUGUAGACUCGGCCAUUGACGGCGCAGGCUCGGAGGGCUUGCAAGAGGCGCUGCCAAGGCGGCCGUGGCUUCGAUCAGGGCGGGUGCAAACUCGCUGGUCCAGCCGCCAAUGGCGGAGAUCCAAGCCGAUCGCGCCACACCCGCACCAAUCCAAAUACGACGAGCAAGGAUUCUUGCUUCUGCCCAAGUUUUUCACGCCUCGCGAGGUGGGAGCUUUAAGGAGCGAAAUGGAUCGGCUCCUUGCACAAGCGCCGACAGAUCCGAUGCAUAGCACAAACGCGCUUGUUCUUGACGCGCAGCUGACCAAGCUGGACUACGAUAAGCUGGAUCUGAGCCGCCGCCUGGGGUUUCACUUUGAUCGCGGCACCCCUUCUGUUCCAGGGGCAUUGCCACAGCACCAGCCGUCGCGCGAGGCCCCAGACACCUUUAUUCCCCGAAGCAUCAUCAAUGUUUUUUAUGAGAGUGAUGUGCUACAACGCUUGGUGUUUCAUCCACGGCUGGUUGAUCAAGUGUUGACCCCGGUGUUGGGAGAAGAGAUUCGGUUUUACAACAGCCGCUGCUUCCUCAAGCCGCCCCGCGGUCUAGGCACAGCCUGGCACCGCGACAUUGAAUUCUUUGAUGCUGAUCCGAACCCCAUCAUCAAUGUGCUCGUCUUUCUGGACGAUCAGACUUUGGAAAACGGGUGUCUUCGAGUCAUUCCACGAUCGCACCUCUCAGCACCACGGGGUCGACUUGACCUCCAAGCCGAGUUUCCAGAGCUAUUGGUAUCAGAGCAAUGGGAAAAGGGCUACUCUGGUCCACUGCCUGGGGAAGUGGCAAUGGCCUGCCCUGCGGGCAGCCUGCUGCUGGUGGACCACUUUACGUUGCACGGCAGCUCGGACAACAUGGCUGCGAGCACUCGACGCAUGAUCUCGCUGGGCUACGCUGAUGUGGCUCAAACGCGAGCGGGUGACGUGCCCCGCUCCAUUCUCGUACGUGGUCAACGUCAACCCAACGAACAGGGCGAUUACACCUCGCAUGUUUGCAGAACUCAAAGCUUUGGCGCGCCCGUCGAUGUCUAG